ACUGUAGUGUUGGCUAAGGUGCGCCCUCUGCUCAGGCGCAAACCGACAGUCAUUUCCGGGCGCUUUUCCGUAGUAUUUCUCAAAAGAAAACCCCAGGGUAACGAUGGCUACCUACAGCCUGGCGAACGAGCGACUACGCGCCCUGGAAGACAUCGAAAGAGAAAUUGGAGCCAUUCUUCAGAAUGCAGGUUCGGGAUACGACGACGAGAAGGGUACCGUGAUCUUGGAACUGUCCAAGGAAAAAACCAACGAGAGGCUCUUAGACCGACAGGCAGCGGCCUUCACCGCGUCGGUGCAGCACGUGGAGGCGGAGCUGUCGGCUCAGAUCCGCUAUCUCACUCAGGUGGCCACAGGGCAGCCCCACGAGGGCUCCAGCUACUCUUCGAGGAAGGACUGUCAAAUGGCCCUGAAGCGAGUGGACUAUGCUCGCCUCAAGCUCAGUGAGGUGGCCCGAACCUGUGAGCAGAUGCUGGAGAACUAGGCCAAGCCGGUGAACAGCUUGGAGGGAGAGCUCCACAUACACCCCAGAGCAGAAUCUGGAGAGUGUGGGCUGUCCUGUACCUGCCAUACUGGUCAGAGGCCAUGAGGACAAGGGUGCAGAAGGUGCGAAGGAAGACACUUAGAGACCAAGCCCAUGCACAGCUGUGCCCUGGCUCCUCCAGCACGUUGCUCCUGCCAUGUGCUUCACUGAGUAUGGACAAGCUCAGACAGGCGAUGGAGACUUAGACACCCAACCCACUUCCUCAUGUCCCUGCCCCAGGCUUCCCGCAGACUUGGACCAAGGAAGACACAUUUUUGGUUCACUGAAAAAGACAAAAUGAGAACUAAGGGUUUUGCUAAUAAAAAUAAUAACACUAAAA